GCAAUGCAAAGCUGCUCGUUUGGUGCUACCAGAAAGACAAAUACAGCAAUUGUCCCCACGGUGAAGAAAGCGGAUGCCACCACCGCUCAAACUGCUUCUCGCAUGACGUUUUGGAGACAGCUAGAAGAGAAAUGGAACCGAAUCCAAGUUGGUCGACAGGGAUCGUACUCUAUCGAGCGUCUCAUGAGUCUGGAGCAUUACUGCAACACGACAUCGUGGACUCGAGUUAUUCUGGUCUGUGUACUGACGCCAGUCCCUGCUCUUUCGGUAGCAUUGAUGCUUGAAUGUCUUCCGUUAAAUUCACCGUCCGAAGGGUGGGCUGCAAACUGGAUGUUUUGGCUUCGGUUGGCGUUAACUCAUGUGGUGGUUGGCUUUAAUGUAUUCUCACAGAUGACAGUAUUCGUUCCGGGUCUGAAUUUCACAUUUUGCAAGCAGUUUAUCGUAACUAUAGGCGGUGCUAUUGGCCUGGUCGGCGCUGGUAUUCUAGCAGCUAACACUAUCGGAUUUCCUGUGCCCCUCUUGAUGCAAUUUGGAACUAUUCCGACAGGGAUAGCCACGUCAAUAAUGCUGCGACUUGUCAUUGGACCUGUUAUCUUCACUAGUGGUUCUCCCAUCACGAUUCAUUUGAAACGAUUCUACCGCGCAAUUCUCGCAUUUAUGACCCUGAUCGGGAUAUAUCCUCUGUUCAAGGUGCUCUAUGACUUUGUUCCCGUUGGUUAUCGAGGUAUCAUUGUUCUCGUUUUGCCGGUAUGGAGAUUCGCCGCAAAGCACUUUAUCGUGUACGCUAUUCGUGACCUGGAAGACUUAAUACCAGAAGCUGUAGCAUCUUUGGUUGAUUUUUUCAGCUCGCUCUUUGUAUCGGUGUGCAUGUCAUCCUCAGGGCCGUUGUACUUGUCUAUGAUGUUCAUCGCAAGCGAUCUCGGGCAAAUUUUAUUGGAGAUGCGUGAAUUGAGUGAAAAUGCCCACGUGUUGCUACAAAUUAUUCAACAAGAGCAGACUGGGUCGACAAAUCAGCAAAACACGUCAAAAUUAUUAUCGACAAUUCUCGACAUUCUAAAAGAACCUGGAGCUUUGCGGGCCAAGUCAUUGAAAGCAGUGCGGCUGUGGGCCUGUCUGCCUCAUCCUCUAACACCACAACAAACUGAACAACUUCUUAAUCUAGAAUCAGCAUGCACCAACGAUCAGUGGGAGAGACUGUCAAGCGACAGGAUGAAGCGAAGUUCGGUGCAGACGAUGCAAAAUGUGUUCAAAACAAAGAUAUCUAUUGUGCCGACUCCAAAUCUAGAACCGGAAACAUUCUCACCGACAACCGCAGACAUAAUCGAAGCAAAGAAUUUUCAUACGAUUGGCUCGAGGUCGGGUACAAAGAGAUCCAAACAGUUGGUCUUACAAGGAUUACAACUACUCUUUCAUUGUGAAUAUCUCGAACUGGUUGAGUACGUCGAGUGCAUCAUCCCUAUAGUUUACGUGGUGUACAAAUCUGUUCUGGAACAGCUGCCGAAUGUUGUCUACUAUCCUGGUGGUGCGGGCAAUUGGGGCAUAGCAACUGUGGUGAACAUUCUGGUGCUGGCGGUGUUGGAGGUUAUUUCUCUCGUUUUCCUCCAUCAGUUUUUGCAGCACAAGUUUGCUUUUUCUGCAAUGCACCAGCUUGCGUUCGCACUGGAAACUCACGUCUAUUUGUUGUUCUAA